GCGAGACAACGCGUAAGCUCCAAGAACUUGACGGCCCAGCCCCAUGGCGACUUCGAUGAAGAGAAUCCCAACGGACCAACUCAUUGAGGAGCAAAAGAAAGGUGCCCCAAUCAUUCUUUGCGUCUCCUUCUGCGCCCCAGCGUGCUGUUGCUUUUGGAUUCCCUUGCUCUUCUUUUUGGGCGCAGCAAAUGUGCUGCAGACCUGUGAGAACUACGAAAGUUUCACUGCGUGGUUGAGAACGUACGGUUUGGUGCCUAUGUGUUGCGGCAUCGUCUUCCAAGUGCUCGUCACACUGACGGCAUGUUGUGGGAACCAUAUGCUCUUCAAGUUGGCCUUGCGCUUACAGAUCCUCACUGGAUGUGUGUCGGUGGGUAUGAUGAUUUGGGGUUGGGUUGAGUGGUCCAAAACGGAAGAAGUGCCCUGCGUCGGCAACGAUGACAUCAAUCCUCGCACGCUGGCUUUGGUGUUCUUGAUUCUGGGUUCCAUUGGCGCUCCCAGUGUGCUUGCUGGAGCUCUGUACCGCGGACUCUGUGGAGAUGUGAACAUGCGAAAGGUCAAGGAGCCAGAAGGCGUUUGAGAGAUCACUGAGCGGUACAAUUCAGCUGGACCAUCAAAUUGCCACCUUUUAAAAAGAUGGGUCUGGCAGUAGCGAACUGGUAUAGAUGGCCAAUCUAGGUCAAUGAUUUACCAAAGAACCAUCGUGUUUUGGGGUCUGGUAGUA